GAUGAUCAUCAGGUCGAAGACAGGCUGAAGGAAUUGAGAUGUCACUUUACCUGGGGGCUGCUAAUUGAAGACGGUGCAAUGCCUGAUUUAGAAAACAGGGUCUUGGAAGAGAUUGAGUUCCUAGACACCAAGUACAAUGUGGGAAUACACAACAUGCUGGCCUAUGUGAAGCACCUGAAAGGCCAGAAUGAGAAAGCCUUGGAGAGCUUGAAAGAAGCCGAAGACUUAAUCCAGCGAGAUCAUGCCAACCAAUCGGAAAUGAGAAGUCUGGUGACCUGGGGCAACUAUGCCUGGGUGUGCUAUCACCUGGGAAGACUGGCAGGAGCCCAGACUUACCUGGAUAAGGUGGAGAGCACUUGCAAGAAGUUGGCAAGUCCUUUCCGCUAUAGAAUGGAGUGUCCUGAGAUGGACUGUGAGGAAGGAUGGGCCUUGCUGAAGUGUGGAAAAAAGAAUUAUGAACGGGCCAAGGCCUGCUUUGAAAAGGCUCUGGAAGCGGACCCUGAAAACGCUGAAUUCAUCACUGGGUAUGCAAUCAUCACCUAUCGCCUGGAUGCCUUUAACACCUCAACUCUGCACGCCCUAAGGCAGGCCGUCAGGGCAAAUCCAGAAGAUGCAUAUAUUAAGGUUCUCUUUGCCCUGAAGCUUCAAGAUGCGGGACAAGAAGCUGAAGGAGAAAAGUACAUUGAAGAAGCUCUGACCAACAUAUCCUCACAGACUUAUGUCUUUCGAUAUGCAGCCAAGUUUUACCGAAGAAAAGGCUCUCUGGAUAAAGCUCUUCAACUCUUAAAAACGGCCUUACGGGCAACACCCACCUCUGCCUUCCUGCAUCACCAGAUGGGGCUUUGCUACAGGAACCAAAUGAUCCAAAUAAAGAAAACUAGAAAUUGGCAGCCUAGAGGGCAUGAUAGAGAAAAUGUGGACAGAAUGAUAAGAUUAGCCAUAUUUCAUUUUGAAUUUGCAGUUGAACAAAAGCCUUCAUUUUAUAUUGCUUAUAUACACCUGGCAAGUAUGUAUACAGAAGUAGGCAAUCACAGAAAAGCUGAAGACAUUUAUCAAAAACUGUUAUGUGUGAAACCAGUUGAAGAAGAAACUUUGCAAAAGAUACAUUUUUACUAUGGCCAGUUUCAGGAAUUUCAAAAGAAAUCUGAAGUCGAUGCAAUUAUACAUUACUUAAAGGCAAUAAAAAUAGAAAAGGCAUCAUAUAUAAGGGAUAAAAGUAUCAAUUCUUUGGAGAAAUUGGCUUUAAGGAAACUUUUGAGAAAUGCAUCAGACCUGGAAGGCUUGAGCCUCCUUGGGUUUGUCUACAAAUCGAAAGGAAAAAUGAAUGAAGCCCUGGAGUUUUAUGAGCAGGCCCUGAGACUGUCUGCUGACUCUCAGGACUCUGGGGGACAUGGUCCCUAG